UCACGGGUCCAUCCUACAUGCUGUCAGUUGAUAGGUCCCUUCAUCUGCUGAGGACGGUUACCCGCUGAGGACAUCAUCAAAUAUACAGGCCAAGGUACUGUUGCCUGUGCCUGAGGUGAGGUCAGGCACCCUGAACUGCUGGCGGUGGGGUCAUUCGGCGGUCUUCAAUGUCUGCCUCCACAGGCUCAGGCUCUCUGUCUACAUCCACCUCUCACUAGCUCAAAGUCACCUGCUGGGGGCGCCACCAACGCAUCCAGAACCUAGUCGUCACGUGUCCAGCUUGCGGCCUCCCGCGGAGGAGGGGCAAUGUCACAUUUCCUAGUCAGCUGCCCCACGCUCUCCUGCUGGGCUGCGCCUCGGGCUUCAUGGCCGCCCCCACUUCCGGCCCAGGCCCCUUGGGAUCCCUGCUGCUUUUACUCCUGCUGGCCACCCCAACUUGGGUCGCAUCGAUCAGUCACCCACACGCUAAAAGCCAGGAAAAUUCAUUGAGCAGUGACGUGGCCUGUGGACAGCCAGUUCUGCAGGGCAAGAUCGUGGGUGGAAUGCCAGCCCCCUUUCAGAAAUGGCCGUGGCAGGUCAGCCUGCAUUACUCUGGCCUACACGUCUGCGGUGGGUCCAUCCUCAAUGCCUACUGGGUGCUGACAGCAGCACACUGCUUUAACAGGGAGAAGAGGAUUGAGACCUUUGACGUGUACGUGGGCAUCAGCAACCUCGACGUGGCCACCAGAUACACCCAGUGGUUUGAGCUUAACCGGGUGAUCAUGCACCCCACCCACGCACUGUUUCACCCUGCUGGAGGGGACGUGGCGCUCGUGCAGUUGAAGAGCCCCAUCGUCUUCUCGGAUGCCGUGCUCCCAAUUUGCUUGCCGCCUUCCAACCUGAACCUCAACAAUUUGUCUUGCUGGACUACUGGAUGGGGACUGGCUACCCAGUUAGGUGACAGCGUGAAACAGCUACAGGAAGUCCAGUUACCACUGAUCCCCAAGUUCAAGUGCCAGCUGCUCUAUGGAUUUACUUCUUACCUCCUGCCAGAAAUGUUCUGUGCUGGGGACAUCAAGAAUGUGAAGAAUGUGUGUGAGGGUGACUCCGGCGGCCCACUGGUAUGUAAGCUGAACCAGACCUGGCUGCAGAUUGGAAUAGUGAGCUGGGGCCGUGGAUGCAUCCAUCCCCUGUACCCAGGGGUGUAUGCCAAUGUCUCCUAUUUUUUGAAUUGGAUCCGUUAUCAUGUGGAGAACACACCCACUCCUCCUCAGCUGCAUCCCUCCUUCUCUUCAUCCCCAAGAGCCAUCCUUAGCAUUUUUGUGAACGUGCUGGCUAGCCUGUUGGUGUGGUGAGGACUGAGACAACCACCCGCUGC